GCGUGUGGCUGGGUUGGACCCGAGUGGUUUCGUUCGUGUCUCCGUUCACAACAGUGUUAUGUCCUCCUUCAUUUCUUCCAUCGUGCCCUUUUAAGUCACAACCCUUCCCUUCGAAUUCUCUCCAAACCCUAACCCCCUUCUCCCCUUUCUCCGUCGAUUCGCCGCCACUGCAUCUCUCUCUUUCAAUUCCUUUACCACAUCACUUUAUUUCUCUCAUUCUUUUCAACCGCAACGUAACUUCCUCUUCUUCAACGCUUCAUCUUCGUCUCCAUCGGUUGCUGCUUGGGUACGGGAGUAGUGUACCAAUGAAUUCUCGGACAGGCAAGGGACCUGCAGUCAGAAGCUACCGGAGGAGAAAGGCAGUCUUGGACCUUGACCUUAAUCGUGUGCCAGCUGGUGACAAUCGUGAGCACGAGGGACCUUCAAUACAGUUAGGGCCACAAGUAGUUAUAGUUGAACAGCAGCCACCGGCCUCUCAGCCGACCAUGAUUGAUGUGGAAGACAUUGAUGAUGAUGUUGUUGAAUGUACCCCAGGGGCUUUUGCUGAGGCUAAAAACAAAUCCAGAAGAAACCGAGGGAGGACUGUAGUUGAUGUUGAACUAGAAGAUCAGACUCGGCGCAACAAGCGCAGAAGAGAAUUGCGAAAUCAAACAAUUAUUAAUUGUGAGAAGUAUAUAAAUUUAGAAGGCAGUAGCAGUUCUAUGAGUGAUAAUGCUAAAAUGAUUCCUGAACCUCGAAUUGAGCCUGUUUUCAACUGUCCAAUAUGUAUGGGUCCUUUGGCAGAAGAAAUGUCGACAAGGUGUGGUCAUAUUUUUUGCAAGAAUUGCAUCAAGGCUGCUAUAAGCGCUCAGGGAAAAUGCCCUACCUGUAGAAAAAAGAUUACUGUGAAAGAGCUUAUAAGGGUGUUUCUCCCAUCAACUAGUUGAAGGCUUUCCGUACAAGCUGUGGUCGGGAUGGAUAUUGGGGAAUUUAAGAAACGUCAUUGUACUUUGGACAUUACUGAAUGGCUGUGUUGUUUCUAAUACGUUCCCCAAAUCAGAGAUACUUAGUCUAUUGUUGAGUAGAUGUAUCUCAUUAAAUUAUCGUAUUAUUAAUAACACUAAGACGUUUGGUAUAGGUAUAAUUCGUUGCUCAUGCUUUCUUAUCCUUUCAUGUUAUGAACUCUCGGUCAAUUCAUUUUAGUGAUAUUAUUACAGGACCGAGAGGCCGAUCAAGGGUCAUUAUUAAGAGUGGGGAUUUAUGCAUGUAAAUCCCUCACGAAUGGAUAGUUAUCCUUUUCUUGAUUAUUAUUGGCUUAGAGAAGCGGGUGCCAAUAUGAAUAACUAUGUUAUUUGGGAACUACGAUGCAAUACUAGUCCAGCGUGUUUAGAUGAUGAUAUUAGUUCUAUGGAUUUUCUUGAAUCAAUAUUUUAAGAUGCAUGAAGAAAUUAUGGCCA